CUUUCUUAAGUAAAUAUAGACUUAAUGGUGUAGGUAAUGAAUACAAAGAAGUUCUCAGCAACUCAAAUUAAUUGACUCAAGAAUCCAGCCCUUGCUAAAACAGAGGCUAAAUUACUGAGUUUCACCAACGCGCCAAUGUAUUUUAAUACCAAGAAGUCUAAGUCACGGAAAAGAGACCUAGGUUCUAAGACCAUGAAUGGUACCAGGAAGGGCAAAAAUCUAUCAAAUUCUGAUAAAAAGAGACAAAGCAAGGUUGGAAAAAGUUUCCUGGCUUCCUUCUUGUCAGACACCACACUUUGAGACAAUUUCUCACCUAAAUAAGCUGCAAAAUAAUGUAGGGAAACAACAGAGUGGGAAAUAAUGGCCAGGUUCUCUCGAUCGGGAGUGAUACUAGGGUCUACACCCCUGACCAGCUCCAACAGAUCUAUGAUGAAAGUAUAAUUAAGUAUAAGUCAUCCGGCCCAAAUGGAAAUUUGGCCAAUAAACAUGGGAAAAAGAGCAAAAGAGGAGUUAAGACUUCAUAUGGGAAUUACACCCAGCUGCGGCCUCAAUCUUCCUUCAUUCCUAACAAUAAAAUCAAGCUGAGCAAGGGUCGCAAGAGUGUGACAGGGAGUAACAAGCAGAGCUUUUACAUGAGCCCGAAGGCAAUAGAUAGUUUCAACAUUGGUACUAAGAAGAGUAGUAACAAACACUCUCAUAAGCUAAAAAUCCCUUCUACAAAGAACAAGGCUUAUGAGCGACUAGUUAAGAACAUGUCGAUGUUCUCGCUUGAGUCUCCCAACGCUGCAGCUCAAGGAAGAACUAUUGGCAACAAGAAGCAUUCUUCGAAGAAAUUUGACGGUCAGAAGAAGAAAAAGAAGGGUGGAAAUAUCAGUGGGUCAAGGAAUAAGUACCGUACAAAUCCAUUCACAACUAAGAACAGAAUACAGUCUUCCUCAUCAGUGCUGGAUAAUCACAUUAUCAUCACUCCUACUUCUUCAACAAAAGGAAGAGAGAUUAUAGUGCCAAGGAUCGGAAGUCGCAAGGAGAAGGGAACUAAUCUAACGAAGCUAGAUAUCUCUCAAGAAGAUUCUAGGAUAAAGACAAAGAUACAAUCAGCCCUAGGAUCUCCUCUCUGAAAUUUUAAGAGUUAUGACAGGUUCAUGAAGAAGAAAACUGAUUAUUUUACCAAACCAGAUGAGAGCUUCUCAGAGGAUGUUAGGACCCAGAUGAACUCAGGCAAGCUUGAUAGCUCUAUGGCACAUACGUUCAUGGCUGAGUGAGAGACUCUUGAAGAAGCUAUGCAUAAAAUGUUAGAAGAUAUAGACAAAGAUCAACAUCAGAGCAUACAAGCCAAGCAGCAUAAAUAAGCUUGAGGUGGUCCGCCAUCUCUGUGCUGAGAUGGCUCAGAAAAGAACUCACGGAGCUAUUUCAAAGCUCUUUGGAUACUUCUCUGAUAUCUACGAAGCUCAUAUUUCUACCCUCUCACUUUCAAAAAUCGAAGCUUUGCAAGCGGAGAACAAGGAGCUUCAGAGACUUCUUGAGAAUGAGAGACAGGAGAAAAUAAAAAUUACAAAGGAUUUCAAGUCUCAGAUCGAAGUGCUCAACAAGAAGAAUUCAAGUGAUAUUCAAAGGCUUCAGAACCAGAUUGAAGAGCUGAGGGAAGCUGCUAAGAAGCCACAGAAGCAGAAGAAAUCCAAACACAAUGAAAGUGAGGAAAGCGACAUUUUCGAAGGGCUUAAUACUGACAAAAGGGACAGAAUCAUGGCUGAAGUAGCUGAACUAUACGAAGCAAAUGUUGAACUCCAGAUGGAAAAUAAAAUACUUAAGAAAACUCAAAAGAAGCUCAAGACUGGAAUACAGUUUAUAGACACUAAGGAGGUCCUCAUAGACUCGAUGGAUAUGGAGUCUGAGGAAGAAGAAGGGCCUUUCGUUAAGAACGGAAGCUAUACUGAUAACGAAGACCUCGGCAAGUCUCAUAAUCAAGACACUAUUGGAUCCAUCCACAACAUUUUUGUAGAUCCUACUUCAGAAAGUUUUAUUGAAGAGAGGAAAAAGGAGCUAGCUUUCAAGAGGCCUAGUAUUGUUCCAGAGCUAGAUUUCAAUCAAAUCAUCCGCCCAGAUUUGGUCCAAGCUAUAAAGUUAAAAGCGUUUGGAGUUAAUAACAAAGCCUCAAAGCCUAGCCAGCCUCUGAAAGGUGGGCAUUCUCUAAGUAAUCGGGUUCAUGAAGAACAGAUCUCAUUUAAUCUUGAAGGGAACGAAGAUGACUCAGCCUCAGAAACGUGUGAAAAGAUGUCAGAUUCCAUUGAAAUGAAGAAUUCUAAAUUCAAAUCGUCAAAGAGUCACACUCAUUCGCAUAUAAUGGCGAAGGAUUUAAAUAACAUAACUCCGAAUUUGAAUGAGGAUUCUCAGAACUUUGGAAGUAAUAUUUGUAAACUCCAAAACAGUUGCUUUGCUUCUUCUAGCGAAGCUACCAAGAAAAAGGAGAGUGGGGUAUCUAAGCCAUUUUCCCCAUUUCAAAACUCUGAGUCAACUGUGAAGCUCUUUAAGAAGCCUUCUGACUCAAACUUGUUUUACAAAACCAGCAAGUCGAAGGAUCGCUCGAAAGUUCCCCAACUGAACCUUGAGAAUAUAGAACAUCCCAAUUUUCAUCAAGAGUUUAUGGACACUUGGCAGGAAUUUUAAUUCAAUUUGUGAUCAAAUUCAAG